UAUUCAAAACACUCAGGAGAAAUCGGUUGAUGGCAAAUACAUCAUUCCGCCGUCCAGCUGAGGAUACGACAUUAGAGGACAGAAGGGUUUUUAAAAACACACACAAAAAAAAGCCAAAAAAGCCCGCACCAAGAAAGUCCGGCCAUGUGGCUUCGCUUCAGCAACGUGUUUUGUCAACAGAUGGAAUAGAAUAUUCAAUAAGCAAAGGCUGCUGACGAGUCCAGCGGCUACGAGAAGGGACAAUGGGCACAACGCUGGUGCUGUCGGGGAUGUGUGAGUACUGAAACCCUUAUCGCCAAAACCUCCCAACAAAAUAAGAGCAAGGUCGUGGUUUUAGUUGUUUAAAAUGACCUAUCUGCAGCCUGGGCUCCGCGCUGAAACCAUUGAGAAAUCUCGGCUGGAGCUGAACGAGAACGCGGAUGCCUUGCACCAGGACAUCCAGCAGGUCAGAGACAUGAUCAUCACCCGCCCGGAUAUCGGCUUCCUCCGCACGGACGAUGCAUUCAUCCUGCGCUUUCUGAGAGCCAGGAAGUUUAACCACUUCGAGACCUUCAAAUUGCUGGCUCAGUAUUUCCAGUAUCGUCAACAAAACCUGGACAUGUUUAAAAACUUCAAAGCAGACGACCUCGGCAUCAAACGGGCUCUGAUGGAUGGCUUUCCAGGAGUCCUCCAACAGACGGAUCACUACGGGAGGAAGAUCCUGGUGCUGUUUGCUGCCAACUGGGACCAGAGUAGGAAUACCUUUGUGGACAUUCUCCGAGCUAUUCUCCUGUCCCUGGAAAUCCUGAUUGAAGAUCCAGAGUUACAGAUAAAUGGAUUUGUGUUAAUUAUAGACUGGAGUAAUUUCACAUUCAAACAAGCCUCCAAACUGACUCCCACCAUUCUGAGACUAGCCAUAGAGGGAUUGCAGGACAGCUUCCCUGCGCGCUUUGGAGGCAUCCAUUUUGUGAACCAGCCAUGGUACAUCCACGCUUUAUACACGAUAAUAAAGCCAUUCCUGAAAGACAAGACCAGGAAAAGGAUUUUUCUUCAUGGCAACAACCUAAACAGCUUGCACCAGCUAAUCCAUCCCGAAUAUCUGCCGUCCGAGUUUGGAGGUACCCUACCCCCGUAUGACAUGGGAACCUGGGCACGGACACUGCUGGGUCCAGAGUACAACGAUGAAACUGAAUAUACAUACAAUUCCUACAACUCGAUGCAUGUAAAAGAUGCGCUGAAUGAUUGUGAAAAAAGUUGCUCUCCCAAGCAUAUGAGGAGGUCGCAGUCAGUGGUGGAACCAGGUGUGCUGAAGCACGAAGACAGAGAUGAUGAUAACACCCAGCCACUACUGGCUCUGGAUUGAACAGUGUUCAUUACACGGCUGGAUCUCAGAGGUGCAAACAUUUGCUUAAACCAAGUCACUUUCAUCCUCGUGUUUUUUCCAUCAAAAUGGCAAAAUUCGGGUAUCAUCAGCUUUCUUGUCAGAACAGCCAGAAAUUGAUUAAAAUUGUGAAAUUCUGUAAAAUAAGGAACCUGAACGAUUUUCUAUCUGUGGUAGAUAACCAGUCAGUGGCUUUGGAAGGAUUACAGAUAUUGGUACUUUACUUAUGGAAGAAAGGGGAAAUCCAUAAAUACAGAACAAUUUAGGUCUUGAUAAUAGGCAUGUAAUUUUCCAACACAUUUGUGCCUUCCCAAGAAAGGCAGUGCUUUUAUAUUUCAAUAUCAGAUUGGAAAACUCAAAACGGACAAAUUUCAAACUGAAGACAGGAAUGAAAAAACGUUUAUUGAUGUGCCAAAGAUCUAAUAGAUCCAAUCCUAAUAGAUCCAAUCCUAUUUAUUUUCUGAAUGAGCACCAAACGUCUAUCAAUGUAUUUUAGUUAAAUUCAGUAAACUUUCAACCAACUUUGCCAACCACAACCACAAAGCAUAAUUGGACAAAUAAACAAGAAUUGAUCAUGUUUUUUUUGUGCUUUAUUUUGGGAAACAUCAGGAUUAAUAUCUUAUACAGCAGGUUACAAUGCUUUUGUGUUCUAUAGUAGGUCACAGACAUUCCUCGCAGCAUUCUCCACUGGAAUUAAAUGUUUACUAAUGCAAUAAGUUGCAUAAAAACCUAAAGCAAAACUUGUGAGAAGCAUCCAAUUAUUAAUUUCAAAAUCUAUUUACAAUUGGAGAUACAGUACUGAUAUCUGCAUAGUGAUAGUUGCAAACACAGAAAAAUGCCAGAUGCACUCAGCAGGCCAGGCAGCAUCAGAAUUCAUGAACAGACUUGGAAUGUUGACUCUGUUCCUCUCUCCACAGAUGCUGCUUGACAUGUUAAUUUUUUCUGAUAUUUUCCUAUUUUGAUUUCAGAUUUAGUUUUUGCUUCAAAAGUGGCGGCUGCAUUUUAUUCAAAGAAUACUAGAUUUAUACUCUUUUCAAAAAUGUAUAUUCCAUUUGUUCCAAAACUAAAUUGGCAUCUAAAAUGAAAGCAAAGCUCAACUACACUUUGUGUCGUUCAGUAUCUGAGAAGACAUGAUUCACAGUUAUAAAAAAUUCUCAAUCUCUAGAACAUAGGCCAUGAGAUGCACUAAAACCUGCUGUACUCAGAAUAAAAGAAAAACCACGCCUACUUUCAGGAAAAUACUUUAACGAAGUACCAAUUUGACAAGAUACCAGUACUCAUAAUACAUACACAUAAAACUCGAGGCUAAUUCAUUUUAUCCAAUGAUAUACAGUAGGUUUGACUUCAGAAUUAAAAUCCCAACAUAUCAAUGACAGGAUCCACAAGAAUUUCAGUGCAGUCACCAGUGGACUAAAAAAAA